AUGGGUGUACAGGGCCCAGUGCUGCUGCUGCUGCUGCUGAUGUGCGUGAUGCUGGGGGAGCCUGGGUCGCGUGAAGAAAGCCAGAUGGCAGGUCUCAAGACCACAGACAUCAAGCUUCUCUCAAUGCCGCGUGGCCGCCGGAAUGACACUCGGUCCCGGAUAGUGGGCGGGAUAGAAUCCGUGCGAGGGCCGAGGCAGGCCAGCCUGCGUUUGAAGAAGUCCCACCGCUGCGGAGGGAGCCUUCUCAGCCACCGCUGGGUGCUCACUGCUGCACACUGCUUUAGAAAGUACCUUGAUCCAGAAAAGUGGACCGUCCAGCUUGGGCAGCUCACGUCCAAGCCGUCUUUCUGGAACAGGGAGGCCUAUUCUGGACGGUACAGGGUAAAGGACAUCAUCAUACAGUCCGAAGAUAAGCUGAAGCCCCGUGACGUUGCCCUGCUGAGGCUGGCCUCCUCGGUCACACACAGCAAGGACACCCAGCCUGUCUGUGUGCAGCCUUCCGCCUUUGCAUCCCAGCACCGGCCCAGGUGCUGGGUGACCGGCUGGGGAGUCCUUCAGGAGGAUUUGAAGCCUCCGCCACCGCCCUGUCACCUCCGAGAAGGACAGGUCAGCACCCUAAGCCACAGCAGGUGCCAGGGACUGUUCCAGAUUUUCUUCCACCACUUGAUCACCAAGGGCGUGUUCUGCACUUUCCCUUCCUCAACCCCACCCACCAAGCUAUCAGGCUUGCUCCUCCUGAGUCACCCUGAGGUCUGCAACAUGGAUGGUCUCUGGUAUCAGAUCGGAAUUGUGAGCUGGGGAAUAGGCUGUGGGCAGCCCAACCUGCCUGGCAUCUAUACCAAUGUCAGCCAUUACUACAACUGGAUUGAGACCAUGGUGUUCCUCAGUGGCGCAUCCCAGUUGUUCAACGCCAGCCCUGAACUGAGCACAGUUCUGCCCCCUGGAAACUCUUAG